AGCAGUUUGUGUAGUCUGUGGUAUACUGUAGAGUUCUUCUUUUACCUACUCAUUUGAUUUACCAUACCAAAUUACGAAUCGAAGUCGUAAAGCAAUCGAAAUAUCCAGAAUAAAUUUGGACAAAAGUUUUAUAACGGCAUAUUUACAGAGAGGUUGUGUGAAAUAUCACAGAAAUAAAAACGUGUGUGAAUUUUUCUCUUUCGUGAAGGUCAAAUUUGUACAAAGUUUGGUCGUUGUUCUGGUGAUAUUUGGUACAAUGAUCAUACACCUCAAAAAAUUUAUUUUGCCAUUGUGCAAAUUGAAUAAACUUGGAAAGGUACAAAAGCAAUUUAUUAGAUGCGAUUCUUCAGAAUCUUCACCUGGAAUCUUAGAACAGCUAAAAAAUAAGAGUAUACUGCGGGUUAAAGGAAAUGAAGCUUCAAGUUUCUUACAAGGAUUAAUUACAAAUGAUAUGAAGCAUUUUGAAGAAGGGGCAGCAAAUUUAUAUGCAUUAUUUCUAAAUGUCAAGGGUAGAGUAAUGUAUGAUGUUAUUAUCUAUAGAAGCCAAGAAAAUAAUGUAUAUUAUAUUGAAUGUGACUCACAAGCUGUAGAUUCAUUACAGAGACAUCUAAAAAUGUAUCGUGUUAGAAAAAAAAUUGAUAUAGAUCAUUUAGGAGAUAAUAUAAAUGUUUGGGCAUUCUUUGAUCCUACUCGAUAUAUGAAUAACAAAUAUAAUGAUAGUAAUAAACAAAAACUUGAAGGUUUAAUAUUUCCAUGUGGUACUCUUAAUAAUAAAGUAAGCAAGGUAGUUGAUAAUAUUAUGAUAUAUGAGGAUCCUAGACUUCCUGAUCUAGGCAUCAGAAUUUUAGCAGAAUCAACAAUUGAAAGACAAAAGAUAAUAAGACAUUUAAACUUAGAUGCAUUACAUUCUACUAAUGACUUCAAUUACAAAACAUUUCGAUAUAAACUUGGUGUUCCUGAAGGUGUAGAAGAUUUACCACCAGGAAAACCUUUGCCACUAGAAGUAAAUUGUGAUUAUUUGCAUGGUGUUAGUUUUUAUAAAGGUUGUUACAUUGGUCAGGAACUUACAGCUCGUACUCAUCAUACUGGUGUUGUAAGAAAACGUUUAAUGCCUCUAUUAUUUAGUGAAAUUCCUAAUAAAUCUUUUUCGUAUGAUGAUAAAAUUAUUAAUGAGUCUGGCAAUAUAGUAGGUAAAUUUAGAGGAAUUGAAAAUCAGUAUGGAUUAGGUUUAAUGCGAAUUAUUGAAUCUUUGAAUGCUCAAUCUCUUACUAUAUCAGAUACUAAAUUAAGAGUAUCAAAACCUGUUUGGUGGCCGCAGGAAUUGCAGAAAGUUUCCAUUAAUAAAAAAGAAUGAAUGUUAAAUACGAGUUAAUGUUUAUAUAUAUAUACUAAGUUGUAAUCUAUGGUUAUAAAAUAAAUAUAUUGU